CUUUUGUUUGGUACAACUUAGCAGACAAGAAGGAAGCGAGUGGGCAACGUAGAUGUCUUUGCUUUCAGGCUUCUGGCUUUCUGAGAUCAGAAGAGUGGGUUCUUGUACGGGGGUGGUGAGGCACACGGAGAUGCAUCGGAGCAGACUCUCUGUGCGGGUGUGUGCGUGUCGGCGCGCCUGAGCUUGGAGGGGAGAUCGUCGUACCCAGCGCGAGGCGCUGGGGAGGAGGAAGCGGCCGCAAAGAUCUGAAUAAUUGAUUCUUCAGCUGCACCAGAAACCCGGGAGCGGGCGGAGAGCGUGGUUCCAGCACCACGGACAGCGACACGCGCCGCCGCAGGACCCCGGUCAGCAGUCAGACACCUAUCGGCCUUGUUCGUCGCCCAGCGCUCCGGGAGCCGGUGGCCGCGCUCCGCGUCGCCGCCGCCCGGGGACUGCGGGGUCUGCCUCAGCCCGCCUCCAGGAGGACGGCUGCGGGCGGAAGACGCUUUCGCCCGCUGGAGCUCCAAGCGCCUUCUGUUUGCGUGGAGGCUGCUGCGUCUGGUUGGCUAAGAACAAGUCCCUAAGUUGGCUUGGUGGGCGCCUUCCUUCCUGUUCUUCGGAGGCGACCGCGGCAGGAGCACGCCCCAGGAAUCUUUGCCAGUGGCGUGAGCCAGGACAGCCAGGCGCUCUCUGGACUCCCGCCGGGAAGUGGGGAACCGAACGCUCAGCGCGGCGCUGGCCCCGCAGCCAAGGGCCCCGAGGGAGCUGCCUUCUCCCGCCCGCGCCUCUCUCGGCCGGGGACCGCGGGGAUCCCCGGCCACACGCGCGCGCGCGCUCCCACACUCACACUCGCACACACGCACACUCGCCCUCACGCACACACCAGCCUGAAGCGGGGCUGCGGAGAGGGCUCCCGGGCGCGCUCAGAGGACCAGGCAGCUGCCAUCCGGAGUGGGGCAGGGGACUGAGCUUGGGGUGUUGGAGAAAGACUCAGAGAGCUUGGCCGGAGCAUGGGGCCGGGUGAGCGCUGAGAGUCACGGCCGCAGCCAUCAGCCUUGGAGAUGACCAGGAGCGGCCACCGCUGAGAACUAUGUGGAGGGAGGCUGCGAGCCCUGCUGCAGAGCCUCCGGCUGGGAUAGCCGCCCCCCGUGGGGGCGAUGCGGACAGCGCGGGACAGCCAGGGGAGCGCGCGGGGGCCGCAGCAUGCGGGAACCCGCUAAACCCGGUGGCUGCUGAGGCGGCCGAGAUGCUCGUGCGCGCAGCGCGCCCCACUGCAUCCACGACCUUCUCCGGCUACAGGGACCGUAAGUGGCGACUAUGGGAAGACUGGGCUAUUGGACCCUGCUGGUGCUGCCGGCCCUACUGGUCUGGCGCGGUCCGGCGCGGUGCGCGGCGGCGGAGAAGGGUCCCCCAGCGUUGAACAUCGCGGUGCUGCUGGGUCACAGUCACGACGUGACGGAGCGUGAACUCCGAAACCUGUGGGGCCCGGAGCACGCGGCGGGGCUGCCCCUGGACGUGAACGUGGUAGCGCUGCUCAUGAACCGCACCGACCCCAAGAGUCUCAUCACGCACGUGUGCGACCUCAUGUCUGGGGCGCGCAUCCACGGCUUGGUGUUUGGGGAUGACACUGACCAGGAAGCUGUGGCCCAGAUGCUGGAUUUUAUCUCCUCGCAGACUUUCAUCCCCAUCUUGGGCAUCCACGGGGGUGCAUCUAUGAUCAUGGCUGAUAAGGACCCAACAUCUACCUUCUUCCAAUUUGGAGCAUCCAUCCAGCAACAAGCCACGGUCAUGCUGAAGAUUAUGCAGGAUUAUGACUGGCAUGUCUUCUCCCUGGUGACCACCAUCUUUCCUGGCUACAGGGACUUUAUCAGCUUCAUCAAGACAACAGUGGACAACAGCUUUGUGGGUUGGGACAUGCAGAACGUGAUCACGCUGGACACCUCUUUCGAGGAUGCGAAGACACAAGUCCAGCUAAAGAAGAUUCACUCUUCUGUCAUCUUGCUCUAUUGCUCCAAAGACGAGGCUGUCCUCAUUCUGAGUGAGGCUCGCUCCCUUGGCCUCACUGGGUAUGAUUUCUUCUGGAUUGUCCCCAGCUUGGUGUCUGGGAACACGGAGCUCAUUCCCAAAGAGUUUCCAUCAGGCCUCAUUUCUGUCUCCUAUGAUGACUGGGACUACAGCUUGGAGGCGAGAGUGCGGGACGGCCUUGGCAUCCUAACCACUGCCGCAUCUUCCAUGUUGGAGAAGUACUCCUACAUCCCCGAGGCCAAGGCCAGCUGCUAUGGGCAGACAGAGAAGCCAGAGGCCCCCCUUCACACUUUGCACCAAUUUAUGGUCAAUGUGACCUGGGAUGGCAAAGACUUAUCCUUUACUGAGGAAGGCUAUCAAGUACACCCCAGGCUGGUGGUGAUUGUGCUUAACAAAGACCGAGAAUGGGAAAAGGUGGGCAAGUGGGAAAACCAGACGCUGAGCCUGAGGCACGCUGUGUGGCCAAGGUACAAGUCCUUCUCUGACUGUGAGCCAGAUGACAACCAUCUCAGCAUUGUCACCUUGGAGGAAGCUCCUUUUGUCAUCGUGGAGGACAUAGACCCGUUGACCGAGACCUGUGUGAGGAACACUGUACCCUGUCGGAAGUUUGUCAAGAUCAACAAUUCAACCAAUGAGGGGAUGAAUGUUAAAAAGUGCUGCAAAGGCUUCUGCAUCGAUAUCCUGAAAAAGCUCUCAAGAACAGUGAAAUUCACUUACGACCUCUACCUGGUGACCAAUGGGAAGCAUGGCAAAAAGGUUAACAACGUGUGGAAUGGAAUGAUCGGUGAAGUGGUCUAUCAGCGGGCUGUGAUGGCUGUGGGCUCCCUCACCAUCAAUGAGGAGCGCUCUGAAGUGGUGGACUUCUCUGUGCCCUUUGUGGAGACAGGAAUUAGUGUGAUGGUUUCAAGAAGUAAUGGCACCGUUUCACCUUCUGCUUUUCUAGAACCAUUCAGCGCCUCCGUCUGGGUGAUGAUGUUUGUAAUGCUGCUCAUUGUGUCUGCCAUAGCUGUUUUUGUCUUUGAAUACUUCAGUCCUGUUGGAUACAACAGAAACUUAGCCAAAGGGAAAGCACCUCACGGGCCUUCUUUCACAAUUGGGAAAGCUAUAUGGCUCCUCUGGGGCCUGGUGUUCAAUAACUCUGUGCCUGUCCAGAACCCCAAAGGCACAACCAGCAAGAUCAUGGUGUCAGUGUGGGCCUUCUUUGCCGUCAUUUUCCUGGCCAGCUACACGGCCAAUCUGGCUGCUUUCAUGAUCCAGGAGGAGUUUGUGGACCAAGUGACUGGCCUCAGUGACAAAAAGUUUCAGAGACCUCAUGACUAUUCCCCGCCUUUUCGCUUUGGGACGGUACCUAACGGAAGCACAGAGAGGAACAUUCGGAAUAAUUACCCCUACAUGCAUCAGUACAUGACCAGAUUUAAUCAGAAGGGAGUGGAGGAUGCAUUGGUCAGUUUGAAAACAGGGAAGUUGGAUGCUUUCAUCUAUGAUGCAGCAGUCUUGAAUUACAAGGCUGGGAGGGAUGAAGGAUGCAAGCUUGUGACCAUUGGGAGUGGGUACAUCUUUGCUACCACUGGCUAUGGAAUUGCCCUCCAAAAGGGCUCACCUUGGAAGAGGCAGAUUGACCUGGCUCUACUCCAGUUUGUGGGUGAUGGUGAGAUGGAGGAGCUGGAGACACUGUGGCUCACAGGCAUCUGUCACAACGAGAAGAAUGAAGUGAUGAGCAGCCAGCUGGACAUCGACAACAUGGCAGGUGUGUUCUACAUGCUGGCGGCAGCCAUGGCCCUCAGCCUCAUCACCUUCAUCUGGGAGCACCUGUUCUACUGGAAGCUGCGCUUCUGCUUCACAGGCGUGUGUUCCGACCGGCCCGGGCUGCUCUUCUCCAUCAGCAGGGGCAUCUACAGCUGCAUUCAUGGUGUGCACAUCGAAGAAAAGAAGAAGUCUCCAGACUUCAAUUUGACUGGGUCCCAAAGCAACAUGCUAAAGCUCCUCCGUUCAGCCAAAAACAUUUCCAACAUGUCCAACAUGAACUCUUCAAGAAUGGACUCACCCAAAAGAACUGCCGACUUUAUCCAAAGAGGCUCCCUCAUAAUGGAUAUGGUUUCAGACAAGGGGAAUAUGAUAUACGCAGACAACAGGUCCUUCCAGGGGAAAGAUAGCAUUUUUGGAGAUAACAUGAAUGAACUUCAAACAUUUGUGGCCAACAGGCACAAGGAUAACCUCAAUAACUAUGUGUUCCAGGGACAGCAUCCUCUUACCCUUAACGAGUCCAACCCUAACACAGUGGAGGUGACUGUGAGUACGGAAUCCAAAGGGAACUCUAGACCCCGGCAGCUCUGGAAGAAAUCCAUGGAGUCUCUACGCCAAGAUUCUCUGAGCCAGAAUCCAGUGUCCCAGAGGGAUGAGGGGACAGUAGAGAACAGGACCCAUUCCUUAAAGAGCCCCAGGUACCUUCCAGAAGAGGUGGCUCAUUCUGAUAUUUCAGAAACUUCAAGUCGGGCCACAUGCCACAGGGAACCUGACAACAAUAAGAACCAUAAAACCAAGGACAACUUUAAAAGAUCAAUGGCCUCCAAGUACCCCAAGGACUGCAGCGAGGUUGAACGCACCUACCUGAAAACCAAAGCCAGCUCUCCCAGGGACAAGAUCUACACCAUCGAUGGUGAGAAAGAACCCAGUUUCCACUUAGAUCCUCCCCAGUUUGUUGAAAAUAUAUCCCUCCAGGAGAACGUAGGCUUCCCAGAUCCCUACCAGGAUCAUGGUGAGAAUUUCCGCAAGGGGGACUCCACACUGCCUGUGAACAGGAACCCCCUGCAUAAUGAAGAUGGGCUUCCCAACAAUGACCAGUACAAGCUCUAUGCCAAGCACUUCACCUUGAAAGACAAGGGUUCUCCUCACAGCGAAGGUAGUUACCGGCAGAACUCCACACACUGCCGAAGCUGCCUUUCUAACCUGCCCACCUACUCUGGCCACUUCACCAUGAGGUCUCCCUUCAAGUGUGAUGCCUGCCUGAGGAUGGGAAACCUCUAUGAUAUCGAUGAAGACCAGAUGCUCCAGGAAACAGGGAACCCAGCUAGCCAGGAGGGGAUCUACCAGCAAGAUUGGGCACAGAACAAUACACUCCAGUUCCAGAAGAAUAAGCUAAGGAUUAGCCGUCAGCAUUCCUAUGAUAAUAUCCUUGACAAACCCAGGGAGAUAGACCUCAGCAAGCCUUCCCGGAGCAUAAGCCUCAAGGACAGGGAGAGGCUCCUAGAGGGCAACUUAUAUGGGAGCCUGUUUAGUGUCCCUGCAAGCAAACUCUCGGGGAACAAAAGCUCCCUUUUCCCCCAAGGUCUGGAGGACAGCAAGAGGAGCAAGUCUCUCUUGCCAGACCACACCUCUGAUAAUCCUUUCCUUCACUCCUACAGGGAUGAUCAACGCUUAGUUAUUGGGAGAUGCCCCUCGGACCCUUAUAAACACUCCCUGCCAUCACAAGCAGUGAAUGACAGCUACCUUCGAUCGUCCUUGAGGUCAACAGCAUCAUACUGUUCUAGGGACAGUCGGGGCCACAGUGAUGUGUAUAUUUCGGAGCAUGUUAUGCCUUAUGCUGCAAAUAAGAAUAAUAUGUACUCUACCCCCAGGGUUUUAAAUUCCUGCAGCAAUAGACGUGUGUACAAGAAAAUGCCUAGUAUUGAAUCUGACGUUUAAAAUCUUCCAUUAAUGUUUUAUCUAUAGGGAAACAUAUGUAAUAGCCAACGUUCUGGAGGGUAGAUGUUGGAUGUCCAAUAGUGCCCUGCUCUUAGGAAGAGGAUUUAGAGAGGUAUUUUUUGUUGGUUCUUUUGCACAUGGCUCCAUGCCAUAAUCUUCCACUCAAGGAGUCUUAUGAGGUUUGUGCUAAGUGUGACAGAUACAAGAUAGGUGAGUUCUUAACCAAAAACAAAUACAUAAAUAAGGGCAAAUCUCUAGGACAUGCCUACUAGGUAUGUUGGCAAUAAUGAUGCACUAGAUGCUGAUGGUGAUGUUAUGAUUUCCUAUAUUCCAAAUUCCAUUAAGAUCAGUCCACCAUAUAAUUUCUUCAUCAGAAAUGCCUAAUGGUUCUCUAAUACAGGAUAAGCAAUAUGGUAUGCAUGUAAAUCUGACACAGACAAUAAAACCGUUAAGAAUGCAUCUGCGCUGUAGUGAGAUUGACAUGUGCAAGAGAUUAGGAAGUUCGACUUGUUAGCUUUAUUGUUAUGCCUUCCAUUCACAGCCCAGGCCCAACCCCAAGAAAUCCAGAAUAGCAAAUCAAUGUGUUCGUGGUACCUGUAUUACCUUCAUUAUAGUUCAUUCCCAAGACACAGCUGGAACAAAAAGCCAGAGACUCUCAGGCAGAGAGCUACAAGAAUCUCUUUGGAUGUCGAUGUGUGUGUUUCUUUCACUUUUGGCUUUGAUGGUCUUGUUCAGAGCUGCAUAAACUAACACAUUUAUGUCUUUGAUGUCUAAGUGUGGAUCUUCUGUCUAUGACACAGUGGCCAUUGUAGUCUAUCCUGAAGACUCCUCUGUAUGUAAGUUUGCAUUUUCUCCCUUCUGGUGAUGACUCAGGGUUGUAUAGUAUCUGUUACCUCGUUUUUCCCAGAGUAACCAUAACUUGUUCAGUUCCUGAACAGCCAUGAUGGCGUCUAAUUAGCUGUGUGUUGCUCUUUGCAGAGUUGUUAAUGUGGUGACAUGUGCCAACAGCCAUGUGUACUGUGAUUUGUAAGAAGUACCAUGCCAUCUGUCUGCCCAAGGCUAACAUGGUUCUUUAGGUUUAGCUCCCUUAACGUUAUGAAACUCUCUUGGACACUCAUUGCCACCCAGCCUCCUCAUAUCAAAGACCCUCAAACGGUGAAGCACUCAUGCACCUAUCCUGAGCAUCCUCCAAACUCUGGAGAAGCUUAGUGAAACAAGUGAUUUUUCCUCUUCUGAAAUAUUCUUUCUGUGGGAAGAAACUACUUCACCAGCACCAACAAAUAUAUAAAGAAUUCUCAAUGCAUUUAUCAUUUCUGAACUACUUGAACCAUCCCGUUCUUAUUCUACUCAAAUCUGUGCAUAUAUGGUAUGGAUUAUACUUAUUUAAAACAGUCAGAAAAGAGGGGGAAGGUUUAGGAAUGGUAAGCUUCUUAGCAUAGCACCUUCCUGUAGCAAAGUGUCAAUAAAAAGUUAGUUGUUACUAGUUAUUAAGCUUUUUCAGACAAGAAUUUUCUAGUUUAAAAAGUGAAUGCCAUAAAACCAACAAACAAUACUAAUCAAGUAUUUUAUAUGGUUCCGUUCCAUUAAUUGGUAUAGUUUAAUUAAUAUUCUUGAAAUAAUUAGGCUAACUACCCAUCAAGUUUUGUAGAAGACCUCAGUCUGUUUGGGGGCAUCAGCAGAGGCCCUGAGCUCAUGUGAGCGAGCUUGGUCAUUUUCCAGUUUGUUUCUUGCAUUUUGUUUUGAAUUCUUGGAGAAAGACAAAAUGGCAGGCUGGACAAUUAUGUUGUUUCUUUUCCUCAUGUGUAUUCUGUUUUGUAAGUAGUAUUUUCCUGUAAGUGGGUAAGUGCCAGAGAUGAUUUUCUUAGCGCUCGAGAAUGCCUGUAUCUUUGAAAAAGUGCACCCAACCUACAAUAUUUCUAUAGUGAUGAAAAGUGGCUGCAAUAAGUUUGAGUGUCCAUGGUGGAACGGCAAAGGGAAGCAAGAGGAGGGAACAUCUUUCAAUUAUCCUUGAAAAGCAGAAAGGAUUGAGGUGACGCUGGUGACCAAUGUACUUAAAAAUGACAUUAUUUCUUGUAUACUUUCCCUUUGCUGCUCCAAGACCCAGCAGUGGAAAAUGCUGGAUUUAUGGACCUUAAACAGCCACUCCAACUUCUGAUCUUAAAUGUAGGUCUCUUGGAUUGUAUAUUUUUUGAGCACUUUCUGCCUUUGCCUUCCCAUUAUAUUCAGAUCUGCAUUUGCCCUGCUAAGAUAAGCCCCCUGUCCUCACAAGACUAGCAUGUCUUAACAUGAAAUAAAUUAAAAAAUCUCCCCUGGAUACAGAGAAAUGAUGUGUGCUCAAUCCAGAGGCUUUCUGCCUUCCUCUGAUGUCCUCAAAGACAAGAGGUUUGCCAAGUGCCACAACAUGUCUAAGGAGAGAGCACUUACCCUAGCAUUGACUCCAAACAUCCAAAAGCCCACUAAUUCUUCCACUAUUAACUUCAUAAGUAUCUGGAUAAAGAAUUAAAAAUGUGAGUUUUGGAAGAACUAAAAGCAAUAUAGUAGAAAAACACACUUCUUUCAGUAAAGCACUGAUUCUUAAAUGUGACAAUUUUGAAAAAGAAAAUCAGAGUCAUUUUCCAAGUAAAAUACAAUGAUGUGGUGCUAUUCAAAGCUAAUUCAAAUCAGUUGGUUUUUGGAAAAAGAAUAUCCAAAAUAUAACAUUCACUGGUAAAAGGCAUCUAUGGUAAAGAAGGUAAAGAAAUAAUUAUAGAACCCUAAAUUAUGGGCCCAUUACAAAGAUUCUUGUGAUAUAUCAUAGUUUUGAGAUCUUAGAUUUGAUGCCAAGAGGCAAGAAUCUUUGAACUCAAAUGCUUGAGUUUUACUUGGCUUAAGUCAAGGUUGCAUCUAUAAUGUUAUUUCUCUAAUAAAUGGUUUCCCCACUUGGGAAAGAUUCACCUUCUCAAAAGUGCCAUCCCUAGAUAGGCAUCCCUGGAUGCAGCAGCCAAGUUUCUGUCCAUGGGUAACAGUGCGCACAUGCAACAUAUUAACGUACUCUGUGGAAGGGAGGCUACCAGAGCAUAAAGUCUGGGGAAUCUUAAUGUUCUGGAAAAUAGUUUGCAUCCUCCUUAAACCUGCUAGUUCUUAGGGCACAACUGGGUUCAUUAUUCCAAGUGGGCAAGUCUUCAGUGAAUCUAUCUUCCGGCCAGGGAGGUUUCCAUGAGAAUUGAGGGGUUGUAAUCUCACCAUUCACAGUUGUGUGUCCUCUGCAAAGUUUCUUUCCAUUUUUUCAGGUCACACUGUGACUGUCUUGUGGCUUGUUCUUGGGUUUCUCUUCCCUGUUUCAUGGAGUGCCUAAGAGAUCUUAAUACUUAGCUUUUCUGAUGAAAGCAUUGAAAUUCACCCAUUGCAGCAAAAUCUGUCAAAUAAAUUCACAGUUAUUUUCUGGAGGAAAAAAAGAAAACUACACCUUGUUUACAAAUGAAAUAGUUUUGUUUAAAUGGGACUUUAGCCAAGGCAGUUAAUUAGUCAAAAGAUCCAUGGUAAUCACACAGUCACACAUUGUUUAUUCUAUUUGAUAUGUCUACUACUGAUGUGUAUUUAAUAUUCUGUAUCCUUCUCAGGAAAUGACAAAUGCCCUGAAUUCUUUGCAAAUAGAAUUGCUAAUGAGAAAGAAAAAGAAAGUUGGUGUUAAUUAAAUGGUGAUUAAAAAUUUAUCUCCUUUAAACCUAAAAAAUGCAGCUUUAAUAAUCGGUUGUCAUAUAAAUAAAUACCUUGCACUGAAGUCCCUUGCGGUUUAAGACCUAGAUAAAUACUAAUUUUUUUUUUUUUUGUCUUUUUCGUUUUUAUCGGUACCAGGGAUCGAACUCACGACUGCCUGCUUGCAAGGCAGGUGCUUAUGCCGCUGAGCUAAAUCCCCAGCCCCGAUAAAUACUAAUUUGAGGAACCUAGAUAUCUUUCAGAGGAGGUGAAUACACUCGUUAGCAUUAUGCACAUUCCUGUACUGUUUCUUUGUGCAUAGCUGUUGUGCAUGAAUCCUUGGGAGGGGACAGGAGUUGUUUCCCAAAGGGAGCUUGUUUGCAUUACCACUAUAGUAGAUAUAAAUGGAUUUAAGAAAAAGAAUUUCAAUAGGUGGAAGCCAAAUGCAUUGGCUGAUAUUUCAUACAAGUUAAGAGUUCUAUGUAAAUGUGAUUUUCCUUUCAAAAGCAGUGUUUAUUUUCACUUGAGUCAAAGUUAGGCUUCUCUGAUAACCCAUCUUCCUUUGGAAAACAACAGUUGAAUGUGCUUAUAGAGAGAUUAUGUGGGGUCUAUACUUGAAAAGUUCUCCCAGUAUGCAUCCUACCCUUCCCAUUCCAUUCCUUUAUAUUGUACUGUUUUCAUGACUAAUUGUUUCAGAUGAGGUCAGCUUGCCACCUGAUACAGAUCAAAAAUGAUCAAAUGCACUUAUCCUAUGAAUAUAGAUGCUUGUGUACACAUGUAUAUAAUAUACAUGCUUGAUUUCUAAAAUUCACACAUAAGUGUAUUAUCCAAAUAAAGUUGUACAUAUUGUAAAGUUUACAUUUAAAAAUUAAGUGGCAAUGAUCGUAUUGACACAUGGAAAACCCAUUCUGGUUACUUUGAUGGUUUUUGUGGAGAGGACGCUAUAUUUUUAAAAUUUCAGUUUUAGGGAAGAUAACAGGGCCCAAGUAGGAUUUGGGCAUUGGUUUUCUUGAGCCCUUACAAAAAAGGAUCUGGGUGAAGGGUAUGGACUAUAUGCUGCUCACAUUCACUUUUGAAGACAAUACUAAUAAGGACUUUAGUGUGAUUUCUGUAAGCCCACCAAAAGGCACAGAUUUCCUAUGUAAAAUUCUUUAUCCUCUUCUCCACUACUGUAUACAUUUUCUGUUCCCAAAAGCAUUCUCAGGCUAGUAUCAGCCCAGGUGCCUGCCCCAGAGCAUCUUAGCAAAACAGAACUUACACCAAGAUUUAGGGGAAAUGUAAGAGAGAUGAGAAAAUGAAGUCUGUAAAGUGACAGUAAUUUGUAGGAGGUCAUGAAGUCGGAGAACAUUAAAGAUGGGCUGACACCCAAGACUUUGUGGUUGAUUUCUUACCAUGGUAGCUGUUUCUUGGUUUCUUUCAGGAGGACAUUUCUGAAUGGCUGCAGGAUGAGUCAGAGAGAUCCGCUGACCUGACUUUCUUUGCCUCUUAGUCCUGUACGGACCCAGGGAUGCCUCUUUGAAUUCAGUUUCUCUUUAAUGUCUUUCAUAAUCUCUUCUUGUCUCAGAGUCUCAGAAGGAAAAACUGUUUUUAUCAACUCUUCUCCUGGGAAAGAACAAGAGACAGGCUAUAGAUUGAAAUCUCAAACCAAAGAUGAGAUCUGGCCACAGUCACUGAAAUAACAGUUGUAUUUCCCAGGCAGCAAGGUUGAGCCAAGUGUCUUGAUCAGGUAAUUGCACUUACCUGACUGCCCACUCUUUUUUGAAAUCCAGUUUGGGGUUAGGAAUUUGUAAAGUGAGUAGAAAAUAUAUCGUUUCUUCCUGUAAGGAGUAUAUGAUUUAGAAAUUUAAUUCCCUAAUAUAGAAGAUAACUAAAGACCAUAAAAGCUAAACAAACUAAAUGGUGAAAAUAUUUAGUGAGCAAUGAAAUUGUUUCCAGGAAAUAAAUGUCAAUCUGAUUCCAUAAUCAAACCUAGGAAAUAAAAUAACCAGACCUUUUGGUAACUCCCCGGACCUUAAUGUAACUCUGAAGAAUAUAGCUGACACUUGUAAAGAUGGCUGAUUUAUUUGAACCUUAGAAAGCUAUUUGGGGAGUGCAAAAGCUGCCAAAUAGUACAACAAACUUUCUCUUCCGAAAUUUUGCAGGUAUAGGUAUGGUUUCAAUCAGUUCUCUAAACUUUGCCAAAUCCUGCUUCCUCUUGGAUCUUCUUUAUGACACGUACUUCAAAAAAAAAAGGUUGAAAAAAAUUCCUGAAAGGUUUAGAAAAUAGACCAGGAUGUAAAAAGACAAAAUAUUUCCCCAAAUUCUUUUUGCUUUGCUUUAUUUUUGACAUGUAAAGAGCACUUUCAAUAGUCCAGGGCAUGGGUGUUUGGGGUUGGGGUGAGGGUGGGGGAAUAGAGAAAAGUCUUUACUGAGUCCUAAGUGCCUGCUGUUGUGACUGGUGGGAGCGAGUAUCAGGUUCCCUACAGAGAAAAUGGGACAAAGAGUGACUAAAGGAACCUAGGAGAACUAAACUAAAGGAUCUUCAGGAGAGAUGGUGGAGGGAGACGGUGGAGAGGAAGAUUUUUCACUCUGACCAUCCCAUUCUCGGUACCACUGGAAUGUUAUAUUUUCUGCUCAUCACAAGUAUAUUCCACAUAUCAACUCCUGAGUCUGAAAAUAUAGAAAAAUAUAUCUACAUUGAGUACAAAUUAGCUCGGAAUAGGAUCCUCAGUAUAAUAAGAUAUAAAUAUUAUUGCUCCCAUUUUACAGAUAAGGAAACUGAGGUUUUAGUACUCGGCCUCAUCAGAAAUAAGCUAUUAAAUUUCUAACCUUUGACGUAUUCUUGAAGUGCCUGAUCUCCUCCAGAGAGGUCAGAAAAGAGAGUGAUAAGGAGGGAGGAGGGAAGGGAGAGAGAAAGAGACAGACAGAAAGAGAGAGAGAGAGAGAGAGAGAGAGAGAGAGAGAGAGAGAGAGAGAGAGAGAGAUUAUUUAGAGGUUCCUGGGCUUUCUCUUGAGUGCCAGCAUCUAUGAUGAGUAGGUUUGGCAUUGUCUUGCCCCUGUUAUCGGAUCCGGGAUGUGGAAGAACACUCCUGGGGCCUCACCCCUGUUCACAGUCCCCUCAGAGAUGUGAAUGUUGCUAGCGUCUCUCCUUCUUAUGCUUGCACUCAGCAAUUUUUUAUGUGCUUCCUGGGGUGUUAUUUUCUCUACUUAGCAUGUGCCUAAUCUUAAAUAUCUCUUUCCUAAUCUCUCUUCUUUUUAUCAGCUGAAAUCAGGGCUAAUUCCAUUAAGCAUGUGUACAUAGUAUACUCUCCUGUGAGUAGGGACGUGCACACACUCAUAUAUAUGCACACACACACUGCCUUGUGGCCCUCCAUUAAAGCUCUCCUAAACAUUAUGACCCAUUUUUAAACAGGUGAUGUCAUUUGCAAGUUGACUGUCCCUCUUUAUUUCAUCUAUAUGUUUGCUUCUCUUUACCAGGCAGACAGAAUGAGAUUCAGAGGUGGAACAGAGAGUAGAGAACUGAAUUUUUCACAAAUGACUGAGAGCAUUAAGGUGGUCACAGUAGCCGAGGGCCAAUUCUUAAAAUGUUGUUGUUAUUUACUUUCUUGAAUUGUUCUAUUUUUUGAAUUGCUUUAGAAAUGCUUUCCUGGCCAUAAACAUAAGGAUAACUGUUCGAUCACCAAAUGGUUGUUCAUGUUGCCAUUAAAGGGUUGAAAUGGAAUAUUUCUACUGGGCUUCCUGGAACUCCAGCAUGACAUAGUGUUACAUGCAUGCUGUAGGCAAGGUCCCUAAGCACACACAUGCCUUUUAUUUGCAUCCUCUUCCUCCGGUGUUCUAAGCCACACUUUUUUUUCCUGGCUUUUAUAUAUACUAUAAGGUGGAACACAUUAGCCCAUUUUAUAGAUGAGAAAACUGAGCUAGGAUUGGAAGGGAUGGUUUUCUGAGUGGCUCCAUGGUUUAGUCCUGGAGGAUUGCUAAUCAUAAAGCAAGAACUUGUGUCCUAGUCUCCGAGAAAGAUUCUCCAGUCAUUCUCAUCUUUCAAGAUGGCAGCAACAAACCUAUUCAGACAGAAAGUAUAUUAUUAUUUAAUAGCUAUUUUGAGAUCCUGUUGUCGUGUCUGUAACUGUGUGACAAUAUUCUCCCAGGGAUGUUGAACUAUGCAGAACGUAGAGCAUCCCAAAGAAUAAUUUAGCCAAUAGUGUGUCUUCUUUGGAGACAUAGUUCUGAGUAUGCAAUCCUCUAGGGAACCAGAACCAAACUGUUUAAAAUGGAGUCAUUCCUCAGAUUAACUUCCUCAAGUAAGGUGUCAGCAGUCAGCAGCAACAAACAAAACGAAGAUUAUCACUUAUAAAUCCCUUUUAUGUGCCAUGUCAGGGGAAUGAUGAGUUUGCGUUUUUGUAAUCAUGAACAUUCUUCAUUAGCAGCAGCCCAGGUCAUAACCUCUUCCACUUAAUUCCCUUUUACACCUUUGGGAAGGAUUGAAGAUGAGCCUUCCAAAGGAUAUUAGCAUAAUGCAUAGCCAGUACCAUGGCUACCUUUUAAAUUAAUAAGGUUAAUUGUUCAGCACCAAACAUAAAUUUGUCUUUGGCAUUUAAAAUGCUUUGCAUUGAUCUGACAUUUCACUGUUUCAAGCUCUUAAAGGGCUCAAAUCAAAGACUAUUGAUAAUUGAGCAAAUAGUGAAGGUCCACAAACAUAAAAACACAGUUUGACAACAAAAAACAAUCACAGCCUUUUGAGUCUAGUGUAUGUUUUUACAUUAGCCAUCUAAGACUUAUUGAAUUAUUGUUAUUCACAGCUAAGCUAAUUCAAGCGAAUGAAAGGUAUUGACAUUUUAAGCCUGUUUCGUUUUUUUCUUAAAUCUUAAGUUUAUUAGGUUUGUAGAUACAGCUUUGAGCCACAAACAGUAGGGAAAUGUUCGAGUUUAGAAACAGAAGAUUCUGAGUACUAUUUUAGGAAGAAUCCAAGGGGUUGUGUGAUGGAUUCAGGAAGAUGCAAGUAUAACAUUCAUGUUCCCGAAUUUUCCAUGAGGAAGGAUGUCAAUUGCUCAUUUUUUUCAAAUAAAAUAGCAGGUCAAGAAUCAUAUUUUCAUUAAAAAAUGCAAUCACUGCUCAAUAUAGCUAGAUGUGGCUGAGAUGUUUUCUAAGCCUGAGGGUCCUCGAGGAUUGUUUUAACCAGUUUUUUUUUUAAACUACAAGUGCCAAUUUUGUUCAUUCCCCUGCUAAAACAAAUUUAAAAGCAUACACUUGCCAAGUUAAUUAGUAGAAUUUGUCAUAGUUUAUAUCACACUGGAAUGUUUCUAUGCAUAGUAUAUAUAUAUAUAUAUAUAUAUAUAUAUAUAUAUAUAUUCAAACUGAGUACUAAGAAUGAAUUAAGUGAAUGAAUUAGUGGCUUGAAUAAGAAGUCGAUUGUAAAAUUAUAAAUAAUGGUCUCCUCAGACAGAAAAAGGGGGUAAACUAUUCAUUUCUUCCCUAUGCUGUGAAACAUACUUCAUAAUAUACAAGCUGGUCAUUUCCCACAAAUGUUACUGAAUUAAACAGCUUAUAUGCAAAGGGUUUAUGUCUGAGUCCACUUUUAACCCAUUAAGGGAUGAGAUUGAACUCAUAUGCAGAGGGUUUCCACUCACAGCUACAUUCUAACACUGUCUAAAAUACAUCCAAACUGGCUUGAUCUCUUGUAUGGUGGAGCCCAAAGCAAGUUGUGUGCUCCACUCACUGGUCUUCACUUAGGAGAAGAUCUUCACGUACCAAUCGCAGCAGUUUAUAUCUGUCAUGUUUUAAUCCACUGCAUGAGGAGUGCUAAUUACUGUAUUAAAUAAUUCCAAGCAUAGCUACAAAAUUACACGUUUGCUUAACACCUUUCUAUGAUAGAGGAAGUAUAUACUAUGGUUGUCUUCUUGUAGUACGUCUUUUAAUUUUGUUCAAUGUGUUAUCAACUGUUUUAAGGAAUGGGGUUUGAAAUGUGUGUGCAAACUGAAAUGUACAUAACUCCUGAGGCAACAGAAGUGCCCGGUCAUAUGGUGUAAAAAUGUAAAUACAGGAAAAUUUCAUUUUUCUAAUAAAGAUAAUUUCUGCCAUUGAUAUGAAAAUGAGAAA